AUGGCCAAAGGCACUAAGCCCAAGAUCCUGGAUAUCCCUUGGGCAGAGAACGACGACAGGCUAGUCUGGGAAUUCAUCACAGAAUGUGAGAAGGAUGUCAACUACAAGGUCCUCUUUGGGAAGAAGGAGAUCAGAGAGAACACCAGUGGAGACUCGAAGAUAACCAUGUUCAAGCGCAUCGCAAAGGUUAUCAUGCCAGAUCUCUUUGCUGUCGACGGAACUACAAUUGACCAAAACAUACCAAAAGCACGCUGCUCGACUUCGACAGGGGGUGGUCUUGAGGAUGAGAACUGCGAGAAUUCGCAAGAGGAGCACAUGAAAUACUACAUCCCAGGUGAAGGUCCAAAUGACACAACUCCGGUGGAUGCUCUCAACCUCUGGCAGCAAAUUGAGAAGGACUUUAAAUUCUUUCCCCGUCUCCACAAGAUCUUUGCCACCUGUCCCAAUGUCACUCCUAUUGUUGUAACCACUGUGCUUGGUCCUCAAGGUCGAAAGACAGUGUGGUUCCAGCCUCCCAAUGACACAGCGGACUCCACAGCUGGCUCAGCUGUUGACCUGGCUCCUCUGUCUACCCCAGCUUGCCGUCCCACUCAUACAUUUGGUACAGAUGUCACCCAGGCAAUUGUUAAUGCCAACGGGACACCUGUUCCUGUGGAAUUGCCCCAGAAGGCUGACACACGGCCUCCCGUUUCCACCGACACACAGCCUCCCAUUUCCACCGAUGCACGGCCUCCCGUUUCUGCUGGCAAACGUGCUCCCAAGUCUUCAGCGAUCUCACAAGAGGCUAUUAACAAGGCUCGUUUGAAUAUCGAGAAGGUGCCACAGAAACAUACCCUUCUUGAUACCCUUCUCGACAUGCAGGAGAAGAACAACAAGAUGUGGAGUGAUGAGGCGAAGGAGAAGCUGCUCAUCCAGAAACGAGCACAUCUUCUCGAUGAAUUCAAGCUUGGGAUUUAUGAUAGGGAGACAUAUCUUGAGAAGAAGGCUGAGCUCGAGGGUGGUAGUCCUCCUGCAAAAUGUCAGAAUAUGCGUCAGUUCUCUCCUGAUUGGGAUGAUGCCAAUUUUUACACUGCUGAUCAAUCUCUUUAA